CACACUGCUGACGUUGACGCUUUUCUUUAAUGGCGGAAGAUGGCUGACAGCGGAGCUCUCAUGUCUGUAGGAGCUCUGGCAGCGCAGAGGACCGACUCCGGCGCCCUUUCGUCCGUUAGCAUGGAAACGAUCUCCGGGCUAACGGAGCUGGAGGAUCUGGAGCGGGUUUAUCAGCAGCUCUGUACCGAGGAGAAAGAAGUUGAAGCUGAGCUGGACAGGCUGGUGGGACAGGAGGGGAACAUCCACAAUAAGAUGCUGGCACUGCAGAGGAUGGGACCCAAUCUACAGCUGAUUGGAGGAGACGCCAGUCAGCUGUCGGGGAUGAUCACAUUCACAUGCAGUCUUGCUGAAAAUGUCAGCCAGAAAGUUAGACAGCUAGACCUGGCAAAAACACGGCUUUAUAACGUCAUCCAGCGAGCUGACGAUAUCUUGGACCUGAAGUUCUGCACUGACGGCGUACAGACGGCGCUGCGUAAUGAAGAUUACGAACAAGCUGCAGCGCACAUCCAUCGAUACCUUUCUCUGGACCAAUCGGUGAUUGAGCUGAGCCGUCAGGGAGAAGAACGCAGCGCUGUGGAUGCCAGUUUAGUGACCCUGCAGGAGGCAGAACAAAAGCUGAAGGUGAUUGUUGCAGAGAAGCUUGAUGAGGCUGUAGCAAAAGUCGACCUGGCUCAAGUGGAGAGGUUCUUCAAGAUCUUCCCUCUUCUGGGCCUCCACCAGCAGGGUCUCGCCCGAUUUGGUCAAUACCUUUGCAGUCAGCUCGCCUCCAAAGCUGAGGAGAACCUGCUGCUGGCGACAGGAGGUGAUGUGGGGGAGAAGAGAGCUCUGCUGGUAUUUGCAGACACGUUAACACUGCUGCUGGAAGGUAUCGCCCGUGUAGUAGAGACCCAUCAGCCCAUAGUGGAAACAUAUUAUGGUCCAGGUCAUCUGUACACUCUCAUCACUCACCUGCAGCAGGAAUGUGACCGCCAGGCGCAGAAAAUCGUCGACACGUUCAUCAAGCAAAGAGGAUACCACAACAAGUUCCAGGUUGUCCAGAGCAGCAUGAUGAAGAGCGUACCAGCAGAGCGGAUCGAGCCAAGGGAGCUUGACCCCGUACUGUCAGAAGUAACCCUGAUGAACGCCCGGGCAGAGCUCUACCUGCGCUUCCUGCGUCGCCGAAUAAUGGCCGACUUUGAAGUUGGAGAUGCUCAGAGCAUCACGCAGGAGCACCAACAGAAUUUGGAGAAGCUAAUCAAACACUGUUUACUGAGCACCAUGAUUCAAGAGCUGAUUGGAUACUACAUCCCAAUGGAGGAAUACUACAUGAGAGAGUCCGUUAACAAGGCUGUCACCAUGGACACAUAUGAGAAGGGUCAGCUGACCAGCAGCAUGGUGGAUGACUGUUUCUACAUUGUUAAAAAGUGCAUCAGCAGAUCAUUAUCCAGCUCCAAUAUAGACUGCCUCUGCGCCAUGAUCAACCACGCCAACUCAUUGCUGGAGACUGACUUCAGAGAGGUGUUGUACAACAGGCUGCGUCAGGGCUUCCCAGCUACGACGCUUCAGGACAUCCAGCGGGGAGUCAGCAGUGCGGUGAGCCUGAUGCAGAGCAGCUUACAGCAGGGGAAGUUUAAUACGCUGGGCAUCGAGAGCACCGAGAAUGCCAAGGCUGCGUUCCUGGUCACUUUGAAUAAUGUGGAGGUUUGCAGUGAAAAUAUCACUACUCUAAAGAGAAACCUGGAGAAUGACUGCUCCAAGCUGUUUAGUCAGGGGAUUGGAUCUGGUGAAAAAGCAAAGAUCGAGAGUUGUUUGUCUGACCUGGUCAGCACUUCUGCAAAGUUCAAGGAUCUAUUACAGGAGGGUCUAACAGAGUUAAACACGACAGCUGUAAAGCCACAAGUCAAACCCUGGAUCAGCAGCUUUUUAUCCAUCUCCCACAACAUAGAGGAGGAGGAGUUUAAUGAUUAUGAAGCGAACGACCCCUGGGUGCAGCAGCUCAUCGUCAACCUGGAGCAGCUCAUGGCAGAAUUUAAGGCAGCCCUUUCUCCUGUAAUCUAUGACACUUUGACGAGCCUGAUGACCAGCUUGAUCUCUGUUGAACUGGAGAAGACUGUGCUCAAAUGCUCAUUUAGCAGGCUCGGAGGGCUGCAGUUUGAUAAAGAGCUUCGGUCUCUGGUGGCGUACCUAACCACUGUCACCACCUGGACCAUCAGAGACAAGUUCGCCCGCCUAACGCAGAUGGCCACCAUCCUCAACUUGGAGCGGGUGACGGAGAUCUUGGAUUACUGGGGUCCUAACUCAGGCCCACUGACAUGGCGGCUGACUCCCGCGGAGGUGCGUCAGGUUCUGGCAUUGCGGAUUGACUUCAGAAGUGAAGAUAUCAAGAGGCUGCGACUUUAGAUCAAGAGGCAACGGCUUUUAGCGAUGGGGAAGAAAGACCCACCUGAUGCAUAUGGAAAAAACAAAAACUCUUAACAGAUGUGUGCACAACACAAAACAAAACCCCUGUUUGUUCCUCAGUGCUUUUUUCUUUGCAGUUUGGCCAGCUGAUCCCAGUCUGCAUCAGUUCCAGCUGAGCUUUAAGAGACACGGGGUUUCACAGCAGUGAUGGCAAACAGUUUGAUCCUAAUUAACUGUAAAAUGUUUAAUUAAAAUUCUCAAUGUGUAACUGUAUCAGAGUAGAGUUGAAAUAUUUUUAACCUAAAACUGGCUGAGAGGAAAAACUGGGACACAUUGGGACUAUGGAGUGGAGCUGUGGGGCCAUGGGUGCAGCAGAGCAGUAAUGAACAUCCCAGCCAUUAAACUGACAGAAACAGGUCAGACAGCUGAUCCAGCCUAGUCAUUCAAUAUAUGAAUAGCUUCUUGCCGGUGAUGAUGGAACACUUUUAACCUAAUAAAUUGAGAGCUUGC